AUGUAUUUAAAAUCUCUGUAUUUAUUUUAUUAUAUAAUAAGCAAGCUUAAAAAGAAUAAGAGGAAUUAAAAAGGGUUUAAGAAGAAAAAUAAAGAAUUAGAAGCAUUUAGUUAUAUUAAUUCAUAAAUUCAAUCAAAAUAAUAUAGAACUAAACUUUAAGAGAUAUUAAGGAAUCUACUGAUUAGAUGAAAAUAUAUUUAAUACAGAUCUAUUAAUAUAGGAAACAUUGAAUGAAAGUGAACCAUAACACUUAGUUGUUAUUUAAGAAUAAAUUAGAGUAACUGAAACUGAAGAAGAUGAAAAUUAAUUCAGUAAUUAAAUUACUUCAAAUCAUAAAUUAUCUAAAGAAGAUUAAUAUAAAAGAUAAUCAUUUACUAUAACUCUUGUAUAAAAAGAUUUUCAAGAUGAAACAACUAAAAGUCUUAUUAAAAAGAUAGAACUGUAAUAAAAUUCCUCAAAUAAAAAUAAUAAUUAUUUUUAAUUAUAUAAACAGAUUGAGGAUUUAGAAAUUUUGUAUAUGGAUUAUGGAAAUCUAAUUGAAAAUGCUCUAAUAUAAAUGAAAAAUUGUAACAUGGUUUGA